CUGCAGAAAAGCAUUCUCAGGUUCUGCUGCACAUCAUUCUGAAUAAGCAAGCAAAAUGGAGCACUCAUUUAAAGACGGAAUUCGGACUAAUAAUGUCCAGGGACUAUGAAGAGUCUGGUCAGUCAGUAGGGAUGUUGGCUGCAGUGGAACAUGGUCCCGUCCUCUGCAGCGACUCCAACAUCCUCUGCCUCUCGUGGAAAGGGAGGGUUCCCAAGAGCGAGAAGGAGAAGCCGGUGUGCAGGAGGCGUUACUAUGAGGAGGGUUGGCUGGCCACCGGGAACGCCAGAGGUGUUGUGGGUGUGACGUUCACAUCCAGUCACUGCAGAAGAGACAGAAAUACCCCACAAAGAAUCAACUUCAAUCUACGGGGUCAUAACAGCGAGGUUGUUCUUGUUCGGUGGAAUGAGCCGUUUCAGAAGCUUGCUACAUGCGAUAUGGAGGGAGGGAUAUUUGUGUGGAUCCAGUAUGAAGGAAGGUGGUCCGUUGAGCUGGUCAAUGAUAGAGGUGCACAGGUUAGUGACUUCACCUGGUCACAUGACGGCACGCAGGCGUUAAUCGCCUACAGAGACGGUUUCGUCCUGGUGGGUUCAGUGAGUGGUCAGAGACACUGGUCAUCUGAGAUCAAUUUGGAGAGCCAGAUCACCUGUGGGAUCUGGACACCAGAUGACCAACAGGUGCUGUUUGGAACAGCAGACGGACAGGUGAUAGUUAUGGACUGCCACGGCCGCAUGCUCGCCCAUGUUCUUCUGCAUGAGUCAGAUGGUAUAGUCGGCAUGUCCUGGAACUGCCCGGACUUUCUGGUGGAGAACAGCACUGAGAGCGACACAGACUCGGAUGAUCCCACCCCAGCUCAAGUGCAAAAUCUGAAACCAGUGCUCACGGUCAGCUUCAUAUCGGGAGACAUCAGUUUGAUGAACAACUUUGACGACCUUUCACCUCACAUUAUAUGCUCAGGACUGAAAGAUGUGGAGGUACAGUGGUGUUCUCAGGGAGAUCUUCUGGCAGUGGCUGGGAUGGAAAGACACGGCUUGCCUUCUGACUCAGCCUGUGCCUCCAUCAUGAGGAACGCUCUUGUCAAGUUUUACAACGUCCAAGGGGAACAUAUAUACACUUUGGAAACUCCAGCCCAAAGGCCCAUCACCACUAUCUGCUGGGGUCACCGAGACUCGCGUUUGUUUCUGGCCUGCGGUCCGGCUCUGUAUGUUGUACGAGUUGAGCACCGUGUGGCCAGUCUGCAGCUGCUCUGUCAGCAGGGCAUUGCCAGCGCUCUUAAAGAAGAAAGAGAUGUGGGGAAACUGAACAUGCCCUCCCUUCUCUGUUCCUACGUGACCACUGCAUUCAUCCCAACAAUCAAGCCGCCCAUCCCUGAUCCGAACAACAUCCGAGAUUUUGUGAGCUAUCCCACAGCGGGAAACGAACGGCUGCACUGCACUAUGAAGCGCUCAGAGGAGAAUCCAGAGGCGGGAGGACCCUGCUACACACUCUACCUGGAACACCUGGGGGGCCUGGUGCCUAUUCUCAAGGGUCGUCGCAUCAGCAAACUACGGCCAGAGUUUGUCAUUAUGGAUCCGAAAAUGGAUAGUAAAGCAGAUGAGGUUUGUGUUAAUGGGAUGAUCUCCUAUAUGACAGACAGCUGUAACUGUUCAGACUCUAGUGAUAUUGAGUUAAGUGACGAGUGGGUUGGGCGAAAGUCGCCAAAGCUUUCCAGAGGAAACAGGUCUCCUAAGCUUCCUAGGUACUCUAAACAUAUAAGAAUUAGUAUGGAAUCGAGAAAGUCUCCCAAACUUGCUCAAACAUCUCAAGAAAUGUCUAGGUCUCCUAGGUUACCAAAGAAGCCCCCAGUACGGUCUCCGAGUCUUACUCGACGAGAAUUUCCAGUUGAUGGCUUUAGUGAGCAUAAUUACUUGGCCCAGGUCACCUCUAACAUUUGGGGAACAAAGUUUAAGAUAGUUGGUCUUGCCACCUUUUUACCAGCUAACUUGGGCGCAGUUAUUUAUAAAACUAGUUUGCUGCACCUGCAACCUCGUCAGAUGACAAUCUAUUUGCCUGAGGUACGUAAAAUAUCAUUGGACUUCAUGAGUCUCCCGGUAUUCAAUCCCAAUGUGUUCAGUGAGGAUGAAGAUGAUUUGCCUGUGAUGGGACCCUCUGGAGAGUCAGCCGACAAUCCUCCAUGCACGGUCAAUAUUCCCAUUGCCCCAAUUCACAGCCCUGCUCAAGCCAUGUCACCUACACAGAGUAUAGGCCUUGUCCAGUCUCUGCUAGCCAAUCAGAACAUUCAGCUUGAUGUACUCACCAAUCCCACGGCAACCGCCGCUGCAGCAGCCGCAGCGGCGACGGCAGCAGCUGCUAGUGCAUCAGUCUCUGAGCAUAGUCAGGACACUGCAACAGCACAGUACUCGGUACCAACAAGAUACUCGAACCCUGGACAGGUAAUAUUCAGUGGACUGGAAAUUAAUAACAUCCUGAGUGGAACUCUUCCUCCACCUCCACGUCAUCUGCCGCAACAAUCUCACCAACUGCGUCAAGAUCAUCAACAAUCAAAGCAUCAACAGCAACUGCAACCACAGCAACAUCAUCUGAAAUUGCAACAUCAAUCACAGCAGCUGCAUCAACAAUCACUGCAGCAGCAACAUCAGCAGCAACUGCAAACGCAGCAACAUCAGCAGCAACUGCAAACGCAGCAACAUCAACAGCAACUGCAAACGCAGCAACAUCAACAGUCGCUGCAGCAGCAACAUCAGCAGCAACUGCAAACACAGCAACAUCAACAGUCGCUGCAGCAGCAACACCUGCAACAUCAGCAGCAACUGCAAACACAGCAACAUCAACAAUCGCUGCAGCAGCAGCACGUGCAACAUCAGCAGCAACUGCAAACACAGCAACAUCAACAAUCACUGCAGCAGCAACACGUGCAACAUCAGCAGCAACUGCAAACACAGCAACAUCAACAAUCGCUGCAGCAGCAACUGCAAACACAGCAACAUCAACAAUCGCUGCAGCAGCAACACCUGCAACAUCAACAUCAAUUGCAAACCCAACAACUGCAACAGCAGCAUCACCAACUUCAGCAGCAAGUGCAGCAAGUGCAGCAGCAUCAGCAACAAAUUCAUCAACAACAAUUCCAACAGCAGCAGCAUCAGCUGCAGCUGCAGCACGAGCAGAUGCAACAGCAGCAACAACAGAUGCAACAACAGCAGCAACAGAUUCGACAGCAAAUCCAGGAGAUGAGGCAGCAGCAGCAACAGCUUCAGCAGCAGCAUCAACAAAUACAGAUGCAACACCAACAGAUGCAACAACAGCAUCAGCAAAUGCAACAGCAGCUCAAAAUGCAGAUGUCCCUACAGCCUCCUCCUUCAGGGUAUGCGACUUUAUCCCUGCAUCAGUUACAGCUAAUGCCUCAAAUUAUGCAUCCAGACCAGCCACCAAACAGAGGAGAACAAGUCCUCACCCUAAAAGUUCCCUCAAGACCACAGUCAUUUAUUGAAAUCGACACUCUUGAGGUUCAGAUGCGCAAAGUAAACCCUCCACCACCAUAUCCAGGCACGGUGGUAUCUACUGCCGCAGCCGUCCCCACUACUGCCCCUCCGGGUCUUCUUGUUAGCAAUGAAAAUGGCAAUACGCUGUCAACAGAUCUGUGUUUAACUAAAGACGAGUUCUCUCUUCACUCAGUUAGUCUCCAAUAUCCAACUCCACUGGGCUAUGAAAGGAUCACAACUUUUGACAGCAGUGGAAAUGUGGAAGAGGUGUGUCGCCCAAGGAGACGUUUGAUACGGAACCAGAAUGCCUACGGGAUGCAAGGAAUGGGCAGUUCUGCUACGCUAAAAGUGAGUUCAUCUGAGAACAAGAAGGUCCUGUUGCCGUAUAGCUCGGCAACCCUUAGUCGCCUCUCAGUGCCUAGAUAUUCUAUACCGAGCGGAGACCCACCGCCAUAUCCCGACACGGUCAACCAGAUCAAUACAAUCAGAGGUCCCCCCCAGAGGAUUGACAGUGGUCUGAUUCAUGCCACUUUGCGUCGGGAUCGAAGAGAACCCACCUUGAAAGUUCCUCAAAUGGUGGAUGCGGUGAGGACACUGCCCACAAAAUCCAAAAUGAAUGGUUCCCUCACACUCUCCUAUCAUCCUAGGAUACCCUCGGCUUUGUAUACAUGCACUCAGUGUAGUAGUAAUAGCAGCAGCACUAGCGUAAGUGUCACUGGUGGAGGCACCAAUAGCAGUGGAAUUGCUGGAGGAACUGUGAUCCGGCAAGAGUUUCCAUCUGGCAAAGGGUCUCAACACAGCACUAUAAUCGUGCACUCCAAAAGUGCAUCGCCAUUAGCCUCCCAGUCCUCCUAUAACCUCCUGAGUCCUAUUGACAACAGUAGAGACAGAACUGUAUACGUGAACUCUGCCUUUACAGAAGACGAGACGCUAAGUCAACAGUGCCAUCUUGAAAAAUCUGUGCGCCAUUUAACACUCGGGGAUGUCAACUUGACGGUCAAACGGCCUCCACCUUACCAAUGGGACUCUCCCGCAGCAGAACAACUCUGGAUACCACAAGACCAAAAUUUAUUGGCUGUACCACCAGGACCUCAUAAGCCACCUUUUAUACUUAGCCAACCGCAUAACUUGGACAUAAAUCGUCUACCUUUUGUCCUUUCGACGAAGCCUCCAACAAAUCCAAGUUCGAUGACCCUCCCUUCACACUAUCAGUUAUCUCUUUCACCCUUCCCACCAGUGGUAGGGCAUGGUGGACCUCAACUGCAGCCUUUACAGAGUCCUGGGCACCCAUGUCCCCCCAAUGACAUGGUAGGAUCUAGCCCUUUCAGCCAACCAGACCCAACUUUAGUCCUGCCUCCAGGUUAUCCAGCGAAUCUGACAAAUCUAGGUUGUUGUACCCUUCCACCCAUGUAUCCAGGAGCCAGCUCAUGCAACAACUUACAGCUCCAUCCAAUGAGCUUACAUCCCUGGAGCACAUACAGCACUUGUCCGCCCAUGCCGGACCAUUCAGCAACACUUCCCAGUAAGACCCACCAGAUCAUGGAAAAGCCAGUACUCUCUCCCCCACCGCCUCCUCCAGCUCCUCCACCACCCCCUCCUCCACCUCCUCUUCCCCCUCCUCCUCCGCCUGUUGAACACUUGAAUCAUCAAAUCACAUCAGAGGCGGUUGCUGAAUCUGGGGAUAGCUUUCAGGAGCAGACUUCUCUAAAUGAGAGUCCGAUUCCACAAGGUGCAGAGAGGUUCAGCAAAAAGAGUCGUAAGCGUCUCGACAGUAGGGUGGAGGAGGCGAACAUGUCCGGUGUCUCUGAAGGGAAAUCAAAGAAGGAUAGUCGCACACUCUCGGAUUUCAAUUCCCUGAUCUCCAGCCCAAGGCUUGGCAAUAGGGAGAAGAAGAAACCUAAAGGGCAGAAGGAAUCACUGAACAAGGCAAAGAAACUGAGCCGGACGUCCAAUGAAUUCCAGGACAGCUCAGAGAGCGAGCCUGAACUCUUCAUCAGCGGUGAUGAGUUGAUGAACCAAAGCCAAAGCAGCAAGAAAGGAUGGAAGAGCAAACGUAAUCUGAGGACAGCAGGCGAACUGGAGGAAAUAAAGUGCCGCAAGGCCAAUGAGAGAGAGGACCGUAGUCUUGGCAGUCAGGGUUUUGUCUAUGUCAUGGCCAACAAGCAGCCAUUGUGGAACGAAGCCACCCAGGUAUACCAGCUUGACUUUGGAGGACGGGUGACACAGGAGUCGGCCAAAAACUUUCAGAUUGAGCUUGACGGACGCCAGGUAAUGCAGUUUGGCAGAAUCGAUGGCAAUGCAUACAUCCUGGAUUUUCAGUAUCCAUUCUCAGCGGUACAGGCAUUUGCUGUGGCUCUGGCUAAUGUUACUCAGAGACUUAAAUAGAAAACCUUUCUGGCAAUCUUGUCCACGAGAACCAGUGGACUUUGACAUUGAGAUUAUCGCUGAAUGCGGUUUGAUAAAAAUGACAUAACAGUUUCUGCUGCCAUUGCGUGCUGCUGUCUGUGCAAUGCCAGGUAGUAGGUCUGAGACACGUGGUCGCUUUCAGGCAGAGAAUACACAAGUCGCACAGCUGAUUAAACAAUAAAUGUAGUGCUUUAAAGUACCUUUUUGUUAACAGAGGGACAAGCUGAUUUAAGGUUCUAUGUGAAACAAGUUAUUUGCUUGUGUAUUGAUAGAAUAUGAUUUUAUUCAUGAAUUAUUGAUUUUUCAUGUAUUGUAUUAUGGUGUGAUUCAAUGCAGAGCUAAUCAUUGAAAUCUGAGAUUGAUGUUAGACUUUUUGGCUUGAUAUCCUGGGCCCUCAUUGUUUUUUCUUGUCAUUUUAUGUGGCAAAUUUAGAUUUCUUAUGUAUAAUCCUAUAUGUAAAGUGAUCUUGUUUUUAUCAUUGUUUGUCGUCAAUAACUCAAAUGCGGAUUUCACUUCCAUGAAGUGAAAUCAGAGAUAAAAUAAC